AAAGGCCGGGAAAAAAUGGCGGCGCCCGUCUUGCGAGUGUCCACCCCUCGCUGGGAGCGGAUAGUCCGGCUGCUCGUGUGUCUCUCAGGAAUUUUGUUAUCCCUGUAUUCAUUCCAUGUGGAGAGGGAAAAAACCCGAGACGCCAACUACCGCGCCAUGUGCGACCUGAGCAGCUCCAUCAGCUGCUCCAAAGUCUUCACGUCCAGAUGGGGUCGAGGAUUUGGACUGUUGGGAUCCAUUUUUGGGAACGACAGUGCAGUAAACCAGCCAAACAGUGUCUAUGGAAUUUUCUUUUAUGUCUUUCAACUGUUACUAGGUUUGACGGCCAGUGCGAUGGCUGCUCUGAUUCUCAUGACCACAUCCAUCGCGUCAGUGAUGGGCUCGCUAUACCUGGGCUACAUCCUCUACUUCGUCCUGAAGGACUUCUGCGUCAUCUGCAUCACCACAUACGCACUGAACUUCAUCCUGUUUGUGCUCAACUACAAGCGACUGGUUUACUUGAACGAGGCCUGGAAGCAGCAGCUCCAAGCCAAGCGGGACUAGACUCACAACAACCACAACACAAGUAUAGAAGGAUAACAAAUCAUCCGACACAUGGGAGGAAUAAAAGAAAAUGUGACCUCUGAGAAAUUUUUGUGACUUGCCACCAGGAGACCUUGCUUCCAAAACAAAUGUUCAUUAUGUUGUGUGUGUGUGUGUAUAUGUGUGUGUGUGUGAGUGUGUGUGUGUGUGUAAAAACUAAACAAAAAGAGAUCAGUUUAGGGGCCACAGAUCACAAGUUUAAUGCGUUGCGUGAGGAAAGGAUCGGAAACACACAUUGUUUUGCUUUUUUUUUUUCCUGUUCCCAGAGGAGUUUGUGCUUUUGAUUGAGAAAAAUCUGCCAGAGAGCACUUGCGAAACUCAAAGAGGGUGUCUUUUUCGUUCCCUGAGGAAUAUAAAAUAAUGGAGGAAACGAGUUUACUUGAAUCCACUGGUUGCUCUUCUGGAGGAGCUGAUUCCAGCAGGACUGCGUUUAAGGGUUUAUUUGAUCACAAGGCUCAGAGAUGAUUCCACUAAAAGAAAAACAGCGGAUUGCUUUCACUGAAAAACGACAAAUAAAGUGUAAUUUUUGUUUUAUGUUUACAGGUAUUUUUUAUUAUUAUUGUUGUUGUUGUUUCGGAAGAGGACCACUCAUGAAACGCGUAAGAAUGUGAGCUGUAUGCGUGUGUAGAUCUGAUUCGUCUGUGACUACUUUUUUUUUAUUAUUAUUUGUUUGUUUGUUUCGCAGUUCUGUAAAUAGCUGCCGCAAAGCAAUAUUCCAGACUAGUUUGUGUUUUACCGUGGAAAACA